AUGAUGUCCGUUAUAUCACUACUUAUCCCGUGUCUUCUUUUAUCAAUUAUUCAAAUAACUUUUGCUGAUAUCUAUGUGUACAAUAGUGCAAAUAAACUUGUUGAAGAUUAUGAUGAUCAAGCUGCAAGUUUCGGUCCACCAUUUACAUCAGAAGGAAUAAAAGGUUAUGUUGCCUUGACAAAUCCAAAAAAUGCUUGUACUAAAGUAGCACCACCACCAACUCUUUCAAUGCCUGGAUAUCAAUGGAUAGCACUUAUUCCUCGUACUAAUUCAGUUGAUGUGUGUGAUUUUGAUCUUAAAGUACUAAAUGCUCAAGAAGCUAAUUAUAGUGCUGUUAUUAUUUAUAAUUAUGAAGAUGCACUUAUAGCAAUGGGUCCACAUGGAAGAAAUAUAAAAAUUCCAUCAACAUUAAUAACUCAUUCCGAUGGUUUAUCGAUUGUAUCAAAUUAUCUAUAUAAUAAAACAACAGUUAAAUCAGUUCCUCAAUUUCAUAUUAGAAUUACUGGUGAACAAUUAUUUAAUUUUCGCGCCUAUUUAAUACCAUUUCUUUGUAUUAUUGGUGUAUCAUUUCUUGGUCUUAUUAGUUUUACGUUGGUAAAAUGUUAUUUACAUCGACGUCGUACACGUCGUCAUCGUUUACCACGUUCAGCUCUUAAGCAAUUGAAGAUAAAAAAAUUUGUCAAAGGUGAUCGUUGGGAAGUUUGUGCUAUUUGCUUAGAUGAUUAUGAAGAUGGCGCAAAAUUACGUAUACUACCUUGUGAUCAUGCAUACCAUAUGAAAUGUAUUGAUCCUUGGCUAUUAAAUAAUCGACGUCAAUGUCCUGUAUGCAAACGUUAUGUAUUUCCAAGUCAUGAUAAUUCCGAUGAAGAAAGUAGUGUUCAUGCAACAACAGAACGAACACCAUUAAUACGACCAUCUGAAGAUAAUAUAAUACCUGAUGCUUCACGAAAUCGUCAAUUAGGACGUCGAACCAUUAAUUAUUCAGAUGUUGAUUCUUCUAAUUUUAUUGAUGAUACCAAUAAUGACACAUCAGAUACUGAUGAUGAAGCUAAUAUAUCAGCAUUACCAAGACAGUCUACUUCAAAUCGUAUAACAACAAAUGAUCUUGUUUUUGAUGAACCACAACUAACUGCUCAACAUUAUUCUCAUUCACAAUUACCACGUAUUAUUUUACGUGAAUCAAGUUCUGAAGGCAAAGAUAUGAAUAAUACAACAACAACAACAUCAUAUGGAAGUUUUCAUGAUUCACCAUUGGGCUCAUUUAUAACACCACGUGCUGCUAAUUUUUUUGUUGGUUCACUAGGUGGUACAACUGAUAAUACAAAUAUUUCGGCACGUUCUGUUAUUGAAGAUGUUAGCGACAUUGAAACAGACAAUAAUGAUGAACGAAUGUAUUCAGUAUUAACUGAUACCGAAAUAAAUCAUGCUUAUGUUUCUGAUGAGGCAGCAACAGAUGUAAUUCGAACAAACUUGUAA